AUGAGUUUGGUCACUAUCACUAACAACUUGAACCUGCUCGAGAUAAUAAUCGAUGAAAGAUUGAGAUUGAUAAACAUACUAAAGCUUACACCAUCUUCCAAUGAUAAUUUUGAUCUUAUCAAUCAAUUAGGUAAGAUAACGAAGCUUUUCAAAGCUUCAGACAGUGAUACUCCUAAAUUCAAACAAUUAGUCAACCAAUAUAACGACCUUUUAGAUCAGUUGAAUGACGACAGCACUAUAAAUAUCGAAGAAUACAAAUACACCAUCAAGAAAAAUAAGAAUGUGAGGUUUAAAGACGAUUCGAAUGAUCUUCGAAAUGAAUUAAUGGGCACUACCAAAUUCAAAUCCUAUAAAGAUGACCCUGAAGAAUCCGAUAAGGUAGAAUUCAACGAUUUCAAACCAAACUCCAAUAGAUACAGUGACUUUGAUGGAUCACAAUUUAACCAAGAUCUUUCCAAUCAAGAUCUUUUUGGUCAAAACCAACAAUUGUUAUCUAAACAAGAUGAAGACCUAGAUAUGCUUCAUGACUCCGUCAAAAUCCAGAAGUCUAUGGGCUUAAAUAUAAAUGAAGAGAUAGAUUCUCAUCUCAUAAUGUUAAAUGACUUAGAAAAUGGAGUAGAAUCAAGUCAAUUAAGACUUAAUAGUGCAAAUAAUAGAUUGAGAGAAUUUAGAAGGAAAUUUCAAGAGAAUGGAUCAUUGAUUACAAUUGUAGUAUUAACUAUAAUUUUAAUUCUUUUAUUAGUAGUUCUAAAUUGA